GCGAGCCGCGGUGGGGAGGGGGCGCUGCGGGGCGGCUCCGGCGCGUAGCUCUUUCGUGCCGCAGCUGUUGACGGCGCUCGCGGAGGGGUUCCGUGACCGUUUUGGAACGGUGGCGGCGGCCCAGGGACUGCGUAUGGGCGCCCUGCAGGUUGUCAGUUUGUGUAUUAGUCAAGGCCCAGCUGUAGCUGAGGCAGAGCCAGAUGGGGGUGGGCAAGCAGGUCUUAGGGAUAGCGGGACAAACCAUGGUUUGUCUUGGUGGUUUUUGGCGGGGAGAGGGGUCGCGGCUACCUCCAGUGCCGCGUAGAGUUGCCAUGGUGACAGCUUUAGGGAUUGGCAGCGGGGAUUCCCAGACUAGGGUAGAAAGAUCACUCUCCCAGCCUAUCGGUUCCUAAUGUCGACGAUCUGUCACUAAAUUUGUUUGUCUUUCAGUGACGGGCUUAGGGGACUGGUUUGUUUUUUUUUUGGUUUUUUGUUUUGUUUUUUGAUAGCCUUUGGAGUUCAUUCAGAGCAGGAGGGUGGAGCCUAAGUAUCAGUUAAGCUUAGCGGAUGUAAACAAUGAGAUCUCAGUGUAAUGUCUUAAAUCUCAGGUGGUGGGAAACACCUGGUCUGGAGGAGUACCCGAGGGACGUGAACUUGAAUCACAGUGGGCCUAUGGGCUGGAGUAGAUGCUACAGUGGGAACUGUUAGUAGGAUCGUAUUUUCCUACCGGUUGUGUGGGGUAGGUGGUGCUGCCACAAUAAAGGGAAUCGAGUUGCUGACUUAGACUGUUGGCUGUUUUUAAAUUGUUUUUGAAGGCAGAAGACUUUCGGUUUGGUGUGAAUGAUUCUGGAGGGUUGGCAGAUAUUCCAGACUCGAGUCUGACAAAUGUUUCCUUGUUUGCAUUUUCGAGUUUAGUCUGGCUAGUAUGGUUCUUGGUUAGAUUUUAAGUCCAUCUACUGUCGCUCUAACGCCUCAGCUUGUGAAGGAUACUGAUUUCUUCUACCCAGAUGGAUUCCUAGGUGUCUCCAUCAGCUUUUAUGAAGUUUUUCUCCCUAGUUUUGUUCCCUUCCUCUUUUUUGCUGGCUUUCCUCAGGCUCAACCACCAUGACAACAACCAAACUCCUAGUGAGGAAGACGCUUAAGUUUCUCUGUUCCACCCAUUUUGCUUAAGAUUUAUCCUUGUAGGGCUGUAGUUCUCAAUGUUGUGCCAUAUUGAAUCUUUUUAUUUAACUGAGCAGCUCAUCAGACCCUUCGGUGAAGUGACAAGGGAGGUGGUGGGCAAUUACAAAACUCCACAGAUUAUUUGGAUAUUGGGUCUAGGUGAGAACCACCUGCAUAAGCUCAGUCACCUCAUUAGGUCCAAAAGCCUGGGUUUAUUGGAUGCAUAGCACAUACUACACUUUUUACGAUUUCGGGAUUACCACAUCUAAUUUUGUGUGCUAUCUUCACAGGCUCCCUGGGGAAGGGAAUGCAGGGUUACUGGGGCUGGGCCCAGAGGCAGCUGCACCAGGGAAAAGGAUUCGAAAGCCUUCUCUGUUGUAUGAGGGAUUUGAAAGCCCCACAAUGGCUUCAGUGCCGGCUUUGCAACUGACCCCUGCCAACCCACCGCCCCCUGAAGUAUCCAAUCCUAAAAAGCCAGGACGGGUAACCAACCAGCUGCAAUACCUACACAAGGUGGUGAUGAAGGCUCUAUGGAAACAUCAGUUUGCUUGGCCAUUCCGGCAGCCUGUGGAUGCUGUCAAACUGGGUCUUCCGAUUCCCACCCCGGGUUGGGAGAGGACCACGGUGGCCAAAAUUCUUAGCUUCUUCCUUUCCCUCAUGCAGCCCAUGGAUAGCCAGCCCCAGAGGAUUAUCACAAGAUUAUUAAACAGCCUAUGGACAUGGGUACAAUUAAGAGGAGACUCGAAAACAGUUACUAUUGGGCUGCCUCUGAAUGUAUGCAGGAUUUCAAUACUAUGUUCACCAACUGUUAUAUUUACAACAAGCCCACUGACGAUAUUGUCUUGAUGGCACAAACACUGGAAAAGAUCUUCCUACAGAAAGUGGCAUCAAUGCCACAAGAGGAGCAAGAACUUGUGGUGACUAUCCCUAAGAACAGCCAUAAGAAGGGGGCCAAGUUGGCAGCUCUCCAAGGCAGUAUUACCAGUGCCCAUCAGGUGCCUGCUGUCUCUUCUGUGUCACACACAGCUCUGUAUACACCACCACCUGAGAUACCUACCACUGUCCUCAACAUUCCCCAUCCAUCUGUCAUCUCUUCUCCCCUUCUCAAGUCCCUGCAUUCUGCUGGACCACCACUCCUUGCUGUGUCUGUACCUCCCCCAGCUCAGCCCCUUGCCAAGAAAAAAGGGGUUAAGCGGAAAGCAGAUACUACCACCCCUACGCCUACAGCCAUCCUCGCUCCUGGUUCCCCAGCUAGCCCUCCUGGGAGUCUUGAGCCAAAAGCAGCACGGCUUCCCCCUGUGCGUAGAGAGAGUGGCCGCCCCAUCAAGCCCCCACGAAAAGACUUGCCUGACUCUCAACAACAGCACCAGAGUUCUAAGAAAGGAAAGCUAUCAGAACAGUUAAAGCAUUGCAAUGGCAUUUUGAAGGAGUUACUCUCUAAGAAGCAUGCUGCCUAUGCCUGGCCUUUCUAUAAACCAGUGGAUGCUUCUGCCCUUGGCCUGCAUGACUACCAUGACAUCAUUAAGCACCCCAUGGACCUCAGCACUGUCAAGCGGAAGAUGGAGAAUCGCGAUUACCGGGAUGCACAGGAGUUUGCUGCUGAUGUGCGGCUUAUGUUCUCCAACUGCUAUAAGUACAAUCCCCCAGACCAUGAUGUUGUGGCUAUGGCACGAAAGCUACAGGAUGUAUUUGAGUUCCGUUAUGCUAAGAUGCCAGAUGAACCACAGGAACCAGGACCUUUACCAGUCUCCACUGCCUUGCCCCCUGGGCUGGCCAAGUCAUCUUCAGAGUCCUCCAGUGAGGAAAGUAGCAGCGAGAGCUCCUCUGAGGAAGAGGAGGAGGAAGAUGAAGAGGAGGAGGAGGAGGAAGAAGAGAGUGAAAGUUCAGACUCCGAGGAAGAAAGGGCUCAUCGCUUGGCAGAACUACAGGAACAGCUUCGGGCAGUACAUGAACAACUGGCUGCCCUAUCUCAGGGCCCAAUAUCUAAGCCCAAACGGAAGAGAGAGAAAAAAGAGAAAAAGAAGAAACGGAAGGCAGAGAAGCAUCGAGGCAGAGCUGGAGUUGAUGAAGAUGAGAAGGGGCCUCGGGCACCGCGCCCACCACAGCCCAAAAAAUCCAAGAAAGCAAGUGGCAGUGGGGGUGGCAGUGCUGCUACACUAGGCCCUCCUGGCUUUGGAACUUCUGGAGCAAGUGGCAACAAGCUACCCAAAAAGACCACAAAGACAGCUCCAACUUCCCUGCCUACUGGUUAUGAUUCAGAAGAGGAAGAAGAGAGCAGGCCCAUGAGUUAUGAUGAGAAGCGGCAACUGAGCCUGGAUAUCAAUAAAUUACCUGGGGAGAAGCUGGGUCGAGUUGUACAUAUAAUCCAAGCCAGGGAACCCUCUUUACGUGACUCAAAUCCAGAAGAAAUUGAGAUUGAUUUUGAAACACUUAAACCAUCUACACUUAGAGAACUUGAGCGCUACGUCCUAUCCUGCCUACGAAAGAAACCCCGGAAGCCCUACACCAUUAAGAAACCUGUCGGAAAAACAAAGGAGGAACUCGCUUUGGAGAAGAAGCGGGAGUUAGAAAAGCGUUUACAGGAUGUUAGUGGGCAGCUCAAUUCUACCAAAAAGCCCCCCAAGAAAGUGAGUGAGAAAACUGAGUCAUCGUCUGCACAGCAAGUAGCAGUGUCACGCCUCAGUGCUUCCAGCUCCAGCUCAGAUUCCAGCUCCUCCUCUUCAUCUUCCUCUUCUUCAGAUACCAGUGAUUCAGACUCAGGCUAAGGGGCUAGGCCAGAUGGGGCAGGAAGGCUCCGCAGGACCGGACCCAUAUACCACCCUGCCUCACCCCUUCUCCCCUUGCUGUGACACUUCUUCAUCUCACCCGCCCCCCUCCCCCACACUGAAGGAGAGCUGGCUCUGCAGGGGGGAGGAAUGCAGGGACAUUCUGAAGGAGGAACAUGGACAAAAUAAGACUUGAGUUCCCAGCCCCAUUGGGAAUGACCUCUUGGGCAUAGAGAGCCCUGUUCAGAAUAAUAAGACUUAGGGCAGGGGAUACAGGGUGGGAGUGGGCAAAGGCCCUGAUACAAGGUUACUGGAGGCCAUAGCUGCCCUGUUCACUUCUAAAGGGCCCUGUGUUGAGGUUGGUUGUUCUAAUUUAUUUAAGCUAGAUGAGGCUUGGGGAGGGGUAGGGCCAUGGUCCCCUCAGCCUCCAUGGGGAGGGAAAAGGGGGGAGCACUUUUUUUUUUUUUUUAACGUUGAUUUUUUUUUUUUUUUUUUUUUUUUUUCCCCUACUGUUUUCCUUCCACUCACUCCAUUUGGGGCCCUGGGGGUUUUAGUCAUCUCCCCAUUUGGUCCUCUGGACUGUCUUUGUCUCUUGAUUCUAACUUGUAAAUAAAGAAAAUAUUAUUC